CGAAUUUGUUGGGAAGAUUUCUUUUUUUGCAACGCCCAUGCCAAAAAUGACUGGAUAAAGCCGGCCAACGAUUCCCAAGAUUGCUUCUUGCUAUCUAUAUAAGAUACAAAUUCUCCGGCUUCGCAGCUGUUAUCUGGAUCUUCUUUCGUAUCUGCAUCGCUGACUCCCGUAACUCUCACUCUAUUAAGCACCGCUUCUGUUCAAUUUUUGGUGUCUCGUCUUUGACUUCUCUUUCACGCGCGUGCUCUGUUCUCUUUCUCUCUCGCGAGCAACCGGGCAAAGGACGAGCGAAAGGCAAUGUCGGGUGGGGGAGUUUAUGUGGGUUCGAUCGAUCAAGGGACCACGAGCACCCGGUUCAUCAUCUACGACCGGACCGCUCGUGCGAUCGGAUCUCACCAGGUCGAGUUCACUCAGUUCUGCCCUCAAGCCGGAUGGGUGGAGCACGAUCCGAUGGAGAUUCUGGAGAGCGUGAGGGAAUGUACGACCAAGGCUCUAGACAAGGCCACGGCUGACGGCCACAACGUGGAUGGUGGACUGAAAGCCGUUGGGUUGACUAAUCAGAGAGAGACUGCUCUUGUUUGGAGCAAAUCCACCGGUCGCCCUCUUUACAAUGCCAUUGUUUGGAUGGAUGCUCGUACUAGCUCUAUUUGCAGAAAAUUGGAGAAAGAACUGCCCGGGGGUAGGACCCAUUUUGUCGAGACCUGUGGACUGCCCAUUAGUACAUAUUUCAGCGCUAUUAAGCUUCUGUGGUUGAUGGAAAAUGUCGCUGCUGUUAAGGAGGCCAUUAAGAAAGGGGAUGCUUUGUUUGGAACCAUAGACACCUGGUUAAUAUGGAAUCUAACUGGAGGAACCACCGGUGGUUUACAUGUUACUGAUGUAUCGAAUGCGUCUAGAACUAUGCUAAUGAAUCUCAAAACUCUUGAGUGGGAUAAGCCCACAUUAGAUACUCUGGGAAUUCCUCCAGAGAUUCUCCCCAGAAUUAUCAGCAAUUCUGAAAUAAUCGGCAAAAUAGCCAAGGGAUGGCCAAUUACCGGAGUUCGAAUUUCGGGAUGCCUCGGCGAUCAACAUGCUGCCAUGGUGGGACAAGCAUGUAGAAAGGGCGAGGCCAAAAGCACAUACGGGACUGGAGCUUUCAUUCUUCUUAACACCGGCGAGGAGAUGAUUCAUUCAACUCAUGGCCUUCUGAGCACUUUGGCCUUUAAGCUCGGACCAAAUGCGCCAACAAACUAUGCCCUUGAAGGUUCUAUUGCGAUUGCUGGAGCUGCUGUUCAGUGGCUCAGAGACAGUCUUGGGAUAAUCAGUUCCGCCAGCGAGAUCGAGAAGUUAGCAUUACAGGUUGACUCCACCGGAGGGAUAUACUUUGUGCCUGCUUUUAACGGACUUUUUGCUCCGUGGUGGCGUGAUGAUGCUCGUGGGGUUUGCAUCGGGAUAACAAGGUUUACAAACAAGGCUCACAUUGCUCGAGCUGUGCUGGAGAGUAUGGCUUUUCAAGUGAAGGAUGUGUUGGACUCCAUGCACAAAGAUGCAGGAGAGAAGGGCGAGGUUAAGAACGAGAAAGGGGAAUUCUUGCUAAGAGUGGACGGAGGUGCCACUGUCAAUAACCUCUUGAUGCAGAUCCAGGCGGAUCUAUUGGGAAACCCAGUUGUGAGACCAGUUGACAUAGAGACAACUGCCCUUGGAGCAGCGUAUGCUGCUGGAUUAGCCGUCGGUGUAUGGACUGAGGAUGAAAUUUUCGAUACUGGAGCAAGGAGCAGUAACGCAACUACUUUUCAUCCUAAAUUAGAUGAGGAGCUGAGGAAGAAGAAGGUGGAUUCUUGGUGCAAAGCUGUCUCGAGGACAUUCGAUCUGGCUGAUCUUUCUCUCUAAAGCUCCAUGUAAUUAACAUUACUGUUCAGCUUUUGUGUCUCCGUGUUCUGAGCGUCACAGCUCAUGCUCUUCUUCACUUUAAUAAGAGAUCGUUCGGGUCGAUUGAUUCA